UUUUUUUUUUUGCUCGCAUCUGGAUCCCAGUACGAGUCGCAAACAGCACAGCGUCCUGUGCCGCAGAAACCACGGCGUCUUUAAAUUUGGUCCAGAAAGCAAGAAAAAGCACCCCCCCCCCUCUAAAGAAAGAAAGAAAGAAAGAAGGAGAAGACAGAAGAAAGCCAGCUCUCCUCUCUGCGGUCCUCCCGUGGUUUCGUGCGUCCGUCGGAGCCGUGAAGCGGGCUGUGUGAGACCGUGAUUGUUGCCUCAACUUGGAGAGAAAGUUUUGGUUGUUUUCGCACCGCAGCUUUACUUUUUCUUUUUUUUAUUAUUAUUAUUUCCCUGCCGGGUCCGGGGCUCGGUGUUUAACUCGUACUUGUUGCUUUGAGGCGGGUCGGGGAGGUUUUCGGUGCCUGGCUCCGGAGCUGGUCUCGGAGCUGCUGUGAAUGAAGACAUUCUCCAUGAGGAAACUUUCUACCGAGGAGGCGCACUAACUUCUCCUCAGCGGACGCGCACCUGGCUGGCCGUAUAGCUACCUAUUCACAAUCAACUUUUCUUUUUGUUGUUACAACCCUUUUUACCUACUUUUUUUAAAACUUUUUUUAAAAAUAACGAGCCAAAAUGAAGACGCUGCUGUCGCUGCUGUGUGCAGUCUGCACGCUGGCCGUGCUGGCCGUGUCGGGGAGCGCGGAGCCCAAGUUGAAAAGCUGUAACGAGGUCCGGGCUGCCUUCAGCUCCAAGGGCUUCAACGUGAACGACGUCCCCAACAAAGGAACCAACGGAGCCUCGCUGAAAGUGUGUCCGCAGGGUUUCUCCUGCUGCACGGCGGAGAUGGAGGAGAAACUGAGCCAGCAGAGCCAAACGGAGAUCAAAGCUCCCGUGUCCAGGCUUAGCACCAGCCUACAAUCCACCUUCAAACAGCGACACGACCACUUUGACAAGUUUUUCCGCGAGCUUCUGAAAAACUCUGAGGUGUCGCUGCACAACAUGUUCGUGCGCACCUACGGCAUGAUGUACAUGGACAACGCCGAGCUGUUCAAGGACUUCUUCGCCUCCCUGACCCAGUACUACGCGUCGGGCAGCGCCGCCGUCAACCUGGACUCCAUGCUGUCGGACUUCUGGGCGGACCUGCUGGAGAGGAUGUUCCGGCUGGUCAACGUUCAGUACGAGUUCAGCGACGCCUACAUGGAGUGCGUGAGCCGGCACACGGAGCAGCUGCAGCCCUUCGGCGACGUCCCCCGCAAGCUGCGCAUCCAGAUCACGCGGGCCUUUGUGGCCGCCCGCACCUUCGUGCGAGGGCUGUCGCUCAUGCCGGACGUGGUGAAUAAGGUGUCUACGGUCAGCGCCUCCCCCAGCUGUGCUCAAGCAGCCAUGAAGAUGUUGUACUGUCCCUACUGCUCGGGCCAAGUGGCCCUCAAGCCCUGCCAGAACUACUGCCUGAAUGUGAUGCGUGGGUGUCUGGCCAACCAGGCCGACCUGGACGCCGAAUGGAACAACUUCCUCGACGCCAUGCACGGCCUAGCAGAGAGGCUGGAAGGUCCGUUUAAUUUCGAGUCUGUCAUGGAUCCCAUCGACGUGAAGAUUUCUGAGGCCAUCAUGAACAUGCAGGAGAACAGCGUGCAGGUGUCACAGAAGGUUUUUCAAGGCUGUGGCGUCCCCAAACCCAGCAUGGCGUUCCGGGCCACGCGUUCAGUGAGGGACACGAGCUUCACGGGCCGCUUCCGGCCGUACAGUCCUGAAGCGCGGCCCACAACGGCUGCCGGCACCAGCUUAGAUCGACUGACAGGGGAUGUGAAGAAGAAGCUAAAACAUGCCAAGAAGUUCUGGUCUACGUUACCAGAGACUGUGUGUGCCGGCGAGAGGACGGCGCCUGGCGAUGAGUGUUGGAACGGUACCGCCAAAAGCAGGUACCAGUCAGACGUGAUCGGCAACGGGCUGGCCAAUCAGGGAUCAAACCCCGACGUGGAGGUGGACAUUACCAAACCAGAUACAGUGAUCCGCAGCCAGAUUGCCGUUUUAAAGGCAAUGACGAGCCGGCUGAGAGCGGCGCACAGUGGAAACGACGUCUCUUUUGUUAUUGAUGAGGAGGUUAGCGGAGACGGAGAGAGCGGCAGCGGCUGUGACUCGCCGUCGUGCAGCGAGGACGACAUCUACAUCUCCACCCCGCCGAUCGCUAACAAACCGCGGGUCAUCCCGGUGCACACGGAUCCUUCAGCCGCAGCGUCCUCACAGGGCAGCAUGGCGCUGGCGCUCUGCGGCCUGGCCCUGGCCCUGCUCCUUCCCCGCUUGAGAUAAAACUAGCCGGACGGAGAGGAAGAGAUCGACCGGGAUUAAAAGAACGAAGGGGGAACCCCGUCAGAGAGACUGCCUUCAGGACAUCAGACUGUCCGUCUCUGGGGGAGGGGGGAGGGGUGGGAAGACUCUUCUUGAUAUUACAAUAACUUCACUAUUAACUAUUUGUAUGUUUGUAAGGACAUCAGUGUACGGCAGGAGGGUUUUAUCGUCUGAGAAAUCCACCUCCCCCCCCCUCCCCAAGAUAAGCUUAAACUCCAGCGGCUCCCCCUGGAGGUUCCUUAAGGUUCUGCUUGCAGCGUUACGAACAUAUAUCGGCCCACGCAUCGUGCCUUUUCCAGAGAUGGCCAUCAAACUGAAGUUUAAAACAUUAAGAGCGGUUGGUGUUAGGUUUUCUAGGCAGUGUCUGUAUUGGGGCAUCUUCAUAUUUCUGAGGAUGGGUCAUUUUUAACAAGCCAGCUGUGAAUAGUUUUGUAAAGAUGAGCAAAAAUCGGACAUGAAGGCCUCAGUCACGAAUGGAUUGACGCCUUUUUUUUUUUAUUAUUUUGUAGCUACGAUAAGAGUAAACAGAAGAUCCCCCCCUCAUCUCUCAGAAAUACAGUAAGAUGUCGCAACACAGGUAUUUUGACUCUGACCCGGCGAGCCUUAAGAGCACACUGCAAGCCCAAACAUGCAUAUUGUAUGUCAACUAUCAGCUUUAUAACGCCCUAAUCGUUUCCCUCAUCGUUUAACUUCCACACACCUUACACAGUUCAGUGAACUCAGACCUCGUCCACGCUCCCUUUGCCAAUGCAAACCAGCGCUGCGGAGUUGGAAACGACUGAACGAGCCGGGUCCGUGGUUCCUGUCCCCCGGUCAGUAACCCCAGAGGAAGGCCCGGUUCAGCGCAGACGGUCCGGCUCUGUGCGGGCUCACCUGCUCCAGAGGAAAGGUCGGAGCAUUUCUCAUUAAAGCGGAGAGGAGGAACAACAGGACGGCGUUUUGAUCAAGGAAAAUCCAACAAGCUCAGUACAGGGUUUGGUGUUGAAGAUGUCGUUUGUGGAGCCUUUUUUUUUUUUUUUUUUUUUUUUUGUGUGUGUGGAAGAAUAUAUUUGGUACUAUAAUAGAUUUUAUUGUAAGUUUCACGUGACGGAGGACAGUGCACAGUAAGGGGCGCCGUUGAUCCACCCCUCAAUGACCUCUUCCCCCAUACAUGCCUUUUAUCUCUAAAUUUGGCCCCUGUCGGUAGAAAUGGACUCCCGCUGACCCAUUUUUAUCUACCCGCCUUUAAAUUGUUAGCGCUAGGCAAAAAAAUGUGGACGUCUUCAUACGUUUUGUUUCAUCUUAGGUUCAUUUUUCUGUCGUCAUUUCUUGGUUUUCUAAAAGCAAAGAAUGUAGAUGUUUGUAAUUUGCGGUCUACGUGCAUGAAUUAGCUGAAGCACAGGAUCCGUCUUCUAAUCUGCUCUGCAAGCAGCAUCGCCGGGACAUUUCAGCUCUAAGAUAUAGCUUUUUGGUUUUUUUUGUUGUACAGUGAAUUCUGUCUGUAUUUUAAUGGGAUUGGAAAAGAAUGCUGCAGUAUUGACAAAUCCGUCUAAAUCAGUUCAUGAGAAAAACAGGUCGAAUUCCCAAAUGAGGUUAGUACAUGGAUGAAAUGUUUGGGUUGUGAAAAAAGCUAAUAAUUUACCCAAAAUGGCUUAAAAAUAGGAUCGGCGUUUACGUCUUGGCCUGAUAACGUUGCUUGAAAACUAGAAACACGAGCCAGAGCUUUUGGCUUGGAAACCGACAGGUUGAUCGUCUUUUACACGCCGUUUUCCAACUAAACAACUUUGCUCUGAAGUAUUUGAUGAAACUUCUAUGCAACAUAAUGUAAAGGAAGAAAAUGUCAAGGCUGCGCUUCAACAGCUCCAUUAGGCUUUACGCAUACAGGGGAUUCGUUUUCCUCUCGAUUUCCCAUGUUUCCAUGUUCCGCGAACAUUUCUGCAAGGGUUUGUGCACGUGUUGGCCACGUUGGAAGAGAGGAGUUGUCAAAGAAACAUUCAGAGGAAAUGUUUUAAGUGACGAUGGUGAAUGUCUUUGUUUGCAGGCCAGGGCAGCAGCUUUGUUUUUGUUGCUUUUUGUUUUUUGUUCAACUGGCAGGAGAUGGUCCAGCAGCUGGAUGUUCAUUCGGUCCACAGAGAAAUGUCGGUGCCGUGACUAAAAAAAAGAAAAAAGAAAAGUCGACGUGGACAGGUGUCGAGAUCUUUCCAUCUGCCUUUGGCCCACAAGAAGAGAAAGGACUCGCUCUCUGAGGAGAGGGCGACUGACUGACUGAAAAGAAUGACUAUUGUGUAAAUACAGAGCAGCCGUUUUUAGAUGUCUCUAAAAGAGGCCUUAACCGUACCCCAGAUUUUUACUUGUCAGAGUAAAAAUAAAUGAUAUGGAAGAAAACAAGAUGAGAUAGAUGUUAAAUUGUAAGAGAAAAUGUAUAUUAAACAUUUCUUAGUCUUGCCGAAAUAAAGACUGCCAAUAUUUAAA